GGUGUCAUUGUCAAAGUACCUAAAACCGAGUGCUCCCUUGAAUUGAAGCUAUCCACUGUCCACGACCAUGCCCGGGGGGAAGGUUGUGUGCCGUGCCAUGCACGCCGGAACCGGUUUCUUUCUAUGCAGGUUCGUCGUGUGGUGUCUGCGAAUUUCAAAGAAUCUCUCAUCAUUUGCUUCCCCGGAUUCGUAACCGUGCAUGCGUAUCUAAGCUUCUGAAGCACUCCCGUGGUGUGAUGUUUGAUGCUGUAAAGAACUGCAAACUAACCUGCGGUUGUCAGUCCGAAGGAUUUCGUAGACUGACGUGAAGGAUAGCUUGACGUGUUUUUGCUAUUGCUUAGCAUUUUCAACGUGGCCUCACUGGGCUGAUUGUUAGAAUACAUGUCAAAAUGCUAUUUAGUAAGUUGAAAUGAAGCACCUGUUACGAGAAAAAGAUUUAAAAACCCAUCAGUUUGAUGUAUGAUAGACUGCGGUUGUAAUUUAUUUGAUGUUAGUAAAUUUAAUCCGAUGCGCCCAGUGGUGUAGAUAGUAACUGGGUCCCGAUCUUACACGAUAUGACCGGUCAUCAAAUCUCAUCGGGAUUGUAAUCCCCCGGUACGUAGGACAGACUAUCUCGCUGCGGGUAAUUAAAGUCGAGGAAACCCAGAAAUGGUAGGGCAAGACGUCUUGAAGUUAUAGUGCCACAAAAGACAAGAAGAUUAAUCCAUCGUAAAAGGAUUUCUAAUGUUGAAUUGUAUGGCAACUUAAAAAGCUCUAAUCUAAUAGUGAUCUAAAAUUAGACAAAAUCUUAUUACUGAGACGAUUUUCAAAGACAUUUUAUAUACUCAAACUACUUUUCUUCUCAAUGAAGAAUUAUAAUCAGUAAUCCUGCAUUAACAUUUAAUUUCUUGCAUUCUAGACUAAUUUGUACGCUUCAAUUUCAAGUCAUCUUUAACCAAGGCACACUACAAUUGUAACAAUACUAUCCAAAUACCCCAAAACUAGGUCAAACUGUUGAACAUUCAUUACCAAGAUGCUUGGGAAUUGGAGAUGCGUGGGAUUAAGUAAACGAAACAAGGGUGACUUGUCGGAAAGACAUGAAUGUCAGGGCCCCUCGUGCUGUGCGUGCUAUAUACUGGUACGUAGAGUUAAUUUAUUGAGUACUUCCACUAAAAAUACACUUGAUGCAACCAACAAUGCAUUAUAAAGCUUUAACCUAAAUGAGUUUUUGCAGAACUUCUUUAAGAUAAGGCGAAAAAAAAGAACUUCUGACGCCCUUUCUAAGCGAAGAACGAAACGGGUUCGGGCGUGUAAGCAAUUGUUGUUUCGUACCGUGUUUCUUCCGCCCCGGACAGAAUAUCAGAAUAAAAGAGAAUCCCAAACUGGAUAUUGCCAUUUGGCGUUACAUAAUAUCAAGGACAGUUGUCUCAUGGUCAAGAAUAAAAGUGAAAGUGUGGCGUUUGUUCUAGUGGUUGAUUACAUUGAACAUAUUCUUGUGCAGAGUUUAAAAUGGUAAUUUAAACCAUUAAAUGCUCUCACGCGUGUAUAAAAUGGACAAUGUUCAAUUUAAAAUUGUCAACCCUACAAAAGCAUCUUAAGUGUGCUUACAUUUUGUACAAAGGUAUAUCAAGAUGACUUCCAAAGUGGAUCAACAAUUGUGCAACUCAUGCGAACACCGCCACACACUGCAAUGGAAUUCAAAGUCACACAUCGUUUUAACGGCCAGGAACGCACGAAUGUGACCUUUUAGUAACGCCUUUUGAAAAGUGAAGGCAACGAACUCAAGUUCAAGCACGGUUCGGUUGAAAAACGCAAAAUCUGCACACCGAUCGUACGUGGACGGGGGCCAAAAAAAACCGGAAAAGUUGCCGUUUGAACCGUUUCGUUGUGCUUCAGUUCGUAUAAAUUGGAUCACCGUUCCCAAUCACGGUACAGUUCGAUUGAAUCCUUUGUACUGUGAACAACAUCGCUGAACCGCUUCUCAAAAUGGCCUUCAAGUUCCUGACUUUCGCCGCUCUGGUGGCCGUUGCCCGCGCUGGCCUCAUCGCCUCGCCAGCAGUUUCCUACGCUGCUGCUCCGGCUCUAGUUGCUGCCCCAGUGGCCAAGGUCGCUACCUAUGCUGCUCCGAUCGCCAAGGUUGCGUACGCCGCCCAGCCAGAAGAGUACGACCCGAACCCUCAGUACUCUUUCUCGUACGGAAUCUCCGAUGCCCUGACCGGUGACUCCAAGUCCCAGCAGGAAUCUCGCAGCGGAGAUGUUGUCCAGGGAUCGUACUCCGUCGUUGACCCCGAUGGCACCAAGCGUACCGUCGAGUACACUGCUGACCCGCACAACGGAUUCAACGCUGUCGUCCACCGUGAGCCUCUGGCCACCAAGGUCAUUGCUCAGCCCGCUGUCGCUUAUGCCGCCCCAGUAGCCAAGACCAUCUCGUACGCCGCCCCAGUUGCCAAGACCUACGUCUCGAGCCCGGCUGUGUCCUAUGCCGCUCCAGUCGCCAAGACCAUCUCGUACGCCGCCCCAGUGGCCACCAAGACCUACGUCUCGAGCCCAGCUGUGUCCUAUGCCGCUCCAGUCGCCAAGACCUACGUCUCGAGCCCGGCUGUAUCCUAUGCCGCUCCUCUGGCCACCAACACCUACGUCUCGAGCCCAGCUGUGUCCUAUGCCGCUCCAGUCGCCAAGACCUACGUCUCGAGCCCGGCUGUAUCCUAUGCCGCUCCUCUGGCCACCAACACCUACGUCUCGAGCCCAGCUGUGUCCUAUGCCGCUCCAGUCGCCAAGACCUACGUCUCGAGCCCGGCUGUGUCCUAUGCCGCUCCUCUGGCCACCAAGACCUACGUCUCGAGCCCAGCUGUCUCCUAUGCCGCUCCAGUCGCCAAGACCUACGUCUCGAGCCCAGCUGUCUCUUAUGUCGCUCCUCUGGCCACCAAGACCUACGUCUCGAGCCCAGCUGUCUCUUAUGCCGCUCCUCUGGCCACCAACACCUACGUCUCGAGCCCAGCUCUCUCUUACGCCGCUCCGGCCUACGCUUCCUACCACUCAUCCGGUGCUGUGAACAACAUCUUCUCCCAACCCGACGCAAAAAUGGCAUUCAAGUUCGUGACCUUCGCCGCGCUGAUCGCUGUUGCCCGCGCUGGUCUUAUUGCUUCGCCGGCUGUCAGCUAUGCCGCUGCACCAGCCGUAGUUGCUGCCCCGAUCGCCAAGGUCGCUUAUGCUGCUGCUCCGGCAGUGGUUGCUGCACCGAUCGCCAAGGUUGCGUACGCCGCCCAGCCAGAAGAGUACGAUGCGAACCCGCACUACUCGUUCUCGUACGGUAUCUCGGAUGCCCUGACCGGUGACUCCAAGUCCCAGCAGGAAUCUCGCAGCGGAGAUGUUGUCCAGGGAUCGUACUCCGUCGUUGAUCCCGAUGGUACCAAGCGUACCGUCGAGUACACGGCUGACCCACACAAUGGAUUCAAUGCUGUCGUCCAUCGUGAGCCGCUGACCAAGGUUGUUGCUGCUGCUCCGGUUGCUACCAAGGUUAUUGCUCAGCCCGCCGUCGCUUAUGCUGCUCCGUUGGCCACCAAGACCGUUGUUGCUAGCCCGGCCAUCUCUUAUGCCGCUCCGGUAGCUAAGACCAUCUCGUACGCCGCCCCAGUAGCUAAGCUGGCCACACCGGUCGCUUACACCACGGCGCUCCAUCACUAAAUGGGCAUCCCUCGACUGUCACCAAUCGGCACCGUUUGUACAUAUCUUCAAAACCCCCGUUACAAGACUCACGCGCUCGACUCGUUUAAUUUAUUAAACGUUUUGUUUUGAAUAUAAAUAACAAUCAAUUGAAUCCGUCAAAAAAAACAAAGCCUGAUGUUUUCUGUGUUUCAAUAGCAGAUGCUGCACGAUCGUGCCAGCUGUAAAUAUUCCUUUUUCGGGAGUUCAAAGCCUGACCAGACUGAUGGGGGAGGGGAACGACAUUCAAGAUUCCAGCGAAGGAACACAACAUGGAUGUACAACACUUUGUUUGUCUGCCAACGGUUUGGUUUUGUAGUAAAAUUUAUGUGUUUGAAAUCCCGUUGAGAGCCGUUUAAUGCUUUGCGAAAUGAUCCUGCACCGAUAAGCAUGUUCUUCAUCUUCUGCAAACUGUGCGGAUCACUGUGCGAAAUGGAUGUUUUAUGCAAAAGACAAAAAUUCUUCUUGCACAUCUUAACUUGUCACUUUAGUUAAAGGGGCCACCACCAAGGUUAGGAAGAACGGGUAAAUAUCUCUUCAGGUGUGUAAAUUCUUGGGAAAUUGGAAAACCAUGCGUAACACAAAACCCACUUACUGAUACACCGGUAUCGCUUGCCGUUUCGUACCACGGCACGGUUAGAUGAUAUUAGCCAAAGGUACGGAUGUGUUUUCACGCACCGAACUUCAAACAGUUAUCAUCUCCGUCACCGCCGUAAACAGUGGUCCCGGUGGUGACCAUGUCUAAUAUAUGCCAGUACGACCGGGAACGGUAAACAUUACUGUAAAUUAUAACGUAAACAAACACAUUCGCUUGGCUGGGCGGCUUGGAUGUGCUGGAAUCGGUUGUCUUUUCCGGUUCCGUCUGGUAAAAGGGUUCACCGGUUGGUACUCGCGCACACUGGUGGCAACCGGGGGUUUGCGGUUGCUUUCGUACCAUCGUCUGAUUCAUCCUUUAGCGGUUUCGGUAUAUCGAUUGAACAAAUUAGUCCCACGUGCGGUUGUUUCGCAUACGGCACACACACACACACAAGGCUGGUGGUACGAUUGGGAAUCGAGCAGUGUGUCCGGACAUUGUGCAUAAGGAUGCAUUUGCAUCCAGGACUAAUGAUAUGGGCAAAUGGGAAGCGUUCUUAAUGUUGCCUCACCGAGGAGCUUGCACCAACUAGAAGCAAGCAGUCUCCAAAAGCUCCGUACAUCAUGAAUAGUAAAACGAUCGUCUAGAGAAAUUGUGCCCAGUGCCGCCAUCCGUCCACACUUCCUGGUGGGUUGCUUCGGGGCGGGGUGGGACGUUCGGUAGGUGUUUGUUUUGCUGGUGAAUGGUGGGUGGGAAGCAUAUUUAUGUAGGUGCCAAAAAGAAGCCACCCGAAGGAAGGGGCCGCUCACUGGACUGACUUUAAGCGCUCCCGGAUGUAUGUUUGCGUGUAUGAACGAGUGUCAGUCAAGUGGAAGGACAAACACUAUCCCGUACACGGAACGUUUUUGGUUGCAUCCAUUGCAUUUGCGUGCCAUUUUCCAGCAUGUCCCGUAUCGUUUGUAAUCAUGGUGAUUAAUGAUCGUGUGUUUGUGCAAGGUGAGGUACCGAGUAAGUAUCGUUCGCACGCGGGUAAAUUUUUGUUUCUUUUAGCUCGCUAUGUUUGGUAUGUAAUAAUAGAUAAAUAGGGAGAAACGUGUGUAAGUUUUGAAGCUGGCCAAUUAGCAGUAUGGGGAGAGAAAAAAGCAUAUACACAUUGUAAACAAGUUACGAAACUGUUAUGAUCAACUUCAUCCGUAAGUUUCACAAAACAAACUCGAAAUACGAAUUUCCCUGAGCAAGCACUACAAAAACAUCUCCUUACAGAUAGGUUUUGCUGUAAGUUAAUCUUCCUAUGUUUUUUUUUAUUGAUGUUUCGUUUAAUGUAAGCCUCAACAAAUUUUACUAGCUGUGAAGUUGUUGAAGUUAAAUCUUCACUCGGAACUAGCAGACGCGUGGUUCGUCUAGACGCUAGACCGUUGACUGGCAUUUCCGAGACAUUUCCUCCCCAUUGGGAAUGAUGGGUACCCUGCUUUAUGUUUUAUGCACCCAUCAGUGCGCUUUUGGGGAGAUGCUUUUUUUAGAUGCAAGAACAACAACAUCACGAUACCAGGCUGGAAUCGGAUCAGGUACGGCACAGCUGAAGGCUAAGGAGCAAUACCUCGAGAUCUAAGAUAGUGAUCUGUGAUAUUCUAGCAGGGGAGAAACUUCCACUUUGUACUGGAUAGUACAGAAUGGAACGCCACAGCUAAAUACCUUUCUGAAGUCUCAACUCCUCAGCCUGGACGAGCACGUGUGGACGAACCGAAAUGGGAUGGAACGGAUCUUCUCCAGUAUUUGUGUUGUCUUGCUGCAGUUCUUCCGUACAAUCGCUCAAGUAAAGGAAAUAUUUAUGUUACAGUAUGGGCCGCUUUUGAUAUUUCUCUCGUACCAUCAUGAGAAUAUUUAAGUCCACUUUCUGUCGGUCAUAUUCUACGCAAGAAAGCAAGAAUAAGCGACGAAGGAAAUACGAUUUUCUUUCCUGAUUUUUUUUUCCUUUUCUGCUAUUUUAUUUUCUUUCACUCAUUGUCACUGGUAACUUGCAGUGCAGUACGCUUACAGCCAUACAGCACACAUGCCCAUAAAUCACACAGGACAUGUUUCUGCACACUCUCCCACGGGCCCGCAUCGCCUCGGUGACCAUCGAAUCGCUUUAACUUUGAGAGCUUUUUUACAAAACCUUCCCAUCCCAACAAUGGUCGCGCAUAGCAAAAAGAAGGGGAUGAGUUGGUUGUGUACCGUGGCGUAAAUGGCCGCCGUACACCGAGCAUACAUGACAACUGUUUCUCGAACGUCAACUUUCGGGAUGGACAAAAGACGCGAGAGGGAAGAAAAAAAAACACACACACACCCCAGCGUUAGGGGCAUGCACUUGAAAUUUAAUUACUUUUUAUGCUCUAUAAAACAUAACUAGCCCUCGUUAGACAUGGUUGCAGAACGGUGCAGAAACAAAAUCCUGAUGGCAUGGCGGUGAUGGUGGUGACAAGUACACCACGCGAGGUGGACGUUAAAAAGCUGACAGGCUCAGACGUUCGCUGCAUAUGCAGCCGGCACGAUUGCAACCUGAAGGAACCCAGGGCUGUCACUUUAUUUUUGGGGCGUGAGUUUGGCCGGUGGCAUAAACAG